AUGAAUGUUUUAGCAUUCAAAAUAUUGCGCAAUUUACGUAAUUCAGUGAUAAAAUGUACAAGAAAUAUUCUGUAUUUUAUGCCUGUUAUGAAAUACGAGUGUGCUUCUCUGCAUAAUGCAGAGUCUAUUGAGUAUCAUAUUCUGUGCUUCCAGAUUAAGAGGCAACUUAAAUCUCGUCAACGAAAAAUCAGACCAGGCAAUCUAAAAAAUCAUCAUAAUUCUAGAUUAUAUCGACGACUUAAUUCCAAUGAAACCGCAACACAUUGUAGCAAUCGUUUGCAUAGCACUUGUUCCCAUCUUCAGUUCAAUACUCUAUUUCGUAUUCAGGAAAAAUUGGAAAAUCGCCUGCAUAUUCCUCGGAAUAAUUCUUUUACUAUUGUCUACAUACAUUUGUUUGACACUUUAUGA